AUGCAGUGGCCACAGCCACCUCGCCCAGUGAAUCGUCGACGUAUCCCUGCUCCACCUCUCGCACCUCUCGCACCUCUCGCACCUCUCGCACCUCUCGCACCUCUCGCACCUCUCUCUUCUAACAUACCACAACUUCUAGUUAUGGGAACGGAGAAGCGUAUCUAUCGUACGAAAAAUGAACUUGACGAACGUGGAAAAAUCCCGAUCAACUACCAUGACAUCCUUGAGCACCGCCUGGUUAUCGCUUGCGGGCCGCGAUUCAAGGAUCGCCGGCAUGGCCCUAAGCAGCGAACAAUGGAGGAUAUCAGGUCAACGUCAAACCAGAGGAAAGCCCAGAAGGUCUAUCUAGACAUCUUGGACGAGGAUCCUAAUAUUUUCUUGCCUUUUAUUCUCCAGGUCUCGGAAUACACCUGUAUCUCCUUUAAUGUCUCUCAAUUCUGUCAACACCACCAGAAGGCGGCCCCAAUUCGUUUGAGCAUCGAGGCUAAAAACCUACUAGACGACAUAGCCACAAGACGUAACUUGCUCCAAGCGCCUAGUUAUAAGAAAUUGGUGGAUUUUUUCUUCCCUCGACCAAAGCCGGUGACGACUGCAGAUAGUGAUAAGCACUGGGCAUAUUCCGCAGCGAGCUUACGAGCAAUUCAGAACUUCUUUGGUGAUGGCAUCUACAAUCUUAUACAAUAUGGGCCGAUACGGAUGCAGGAAAAAACGCCCCUCACAACAGAAUGUGUGAGAAUGAAGCUGCCCACAAAGGACUCUCAAGACGCCUUUCUCAUACUUGAUGUUAAACUGGACAAGGAGCUUAUUAGUGAUUUGUUUCCUCGGUUAAGUGACAAAUUAUUCUCGCUUCUCCAGGAACAUCCUUCCGACAGCCACACGGGCUCUUCAGCAGUCAACGCUAGGCCGGAAUGCCUUGACAACGCUUAUUUCAGCCUUCAUGGGGCAUCUAUUGCAGGUGUAACCUCGAAUUUCUGCCUUUCCAUUUGUCAAGCGAUAGAGAAGAAUCAACUACGCAAAUGGGAGAAAGACAAUAUGCUCCAUGAUACCACCGACUCCGUUACAAUGCAAGUGUAUCGGACUCAGCCUCAUCACGGAACCAUCCAUCUGCGUUUAUCCUUCCUCGAAUCAAUCGAUAUAUUGAAAGACUUGUUUGUACCAGAUGUUUGA